AAGGAAAUAAAAAUGAACCUUAAAACCUACACCGUUUUAUUCCUAAACCCAGAUCCGUAACUCUUAUCCGAUAUUCCAAGUUCGAACCCAAUUUUUGUCUUUUCCACUCUUGACGGCGUUGACAACUCCGGCAUCCUCUCCGAGGCCGCCUGAACCAUCACCGAGAUCAUCGGCGAGCCUGAGGCUGAAAAAUGGUUUCUGGGCUUAUAAAUCCCAAUCCCAUAGUUUAUCAAAAGAAAGAGAAUAGGGUUCGAAGUGCCCGAACUGAUGCUGCUGCUGCUGAUGAGUAUGCUGUUGAGCCCAUUGAUCAACAGGAAAUUUUUGAUCAUAUUAGAGACAUAAAAGACCCUGAGCAUCCUUACUCUUUGGAAGAGCUCAAAGUCAUUACAGAAGAUGCAAUUGAGGUUGAUGAUAAGUACAGUUACAUCAGGGUGACGUUUACUCCAACAGUUGAACACUGUAGCAUGGCAACUGUUAUUGGUCUUUGCUUGCGAGUGAAACUCAUGAGAAGCUUGCCUUCUCGUUACAAGGUGGAUAUAAGGGUGGCACCUGGAACCCAUGCAACUGAAGCUGCAGUUAACAAACAGCUAAAUGAUAAAGAGCGGGUGGCGGCAGCAUUGGAAAACCCAAACCUAGUGGAUAUGGUUGAUGAAUGCUUGGCUCCGUCUUAUUCUUGAACUUACAUUUUCAGAUGCAGUUGCUCAUGUGUGCCUUGGAUAGCAUUGGUUCGGGUCCUCAUGACCGGUGUAUAAUUAUUUAUCUGGUUCUGGUCCUUUUGCUGUUUUUAGGCGGUUCAGUUCUCUAGGAUUUGUGCUACUAAUAUAUUUUCUUUCUUGUUCCAUUUCUUUGUUUGUAUAAAAGUAUAGGAUUGAUGAGGAGAUAAGAUAACUGUUAAACUCUUAAUAUUCAAAUGCUAAACAGUUAGAUGAUCUGUAUUAUUGACUAUAUAUGCAUAUGUAUUGUCAACUUAACAAAUUAAUAAGGGUUAAAUAUUUAUUUAACCAAUGUGGUUUCAA